AUGGAGCAGAUCGUGGCGGCCAAGGAGGUGGCGCGGAAGCAGUCGACGCGCAUGUCCAUCCGUGGCUUCGCCAAGUCCUUCCGGCGCUCGAGCCAGGCGCCGGAGCGGGCGCCGGCGCCGACGGUCGCCGAGGCGGCGCCGAGCCCGCUGACGCCCGAGUUCUGCGCGCUGCCGGAGAUGCCGGAGAAUCGCGAGGGCGUCAUCCUCGACAACCGCCACCCCAUGCGCCUCACCUACGGCGAGAGGGUGCCGCUGCGGACGUCGCCGGACGGCGACGAGGUUACGACGUCGGUCGUCGAGUUCUACUGCGGCGUCCAGCCGCGGCCGAAGCGCGACGGCGGCAGCGCGCUGCGCGUGCCGAACAUCUACGCGGGCCGCACCUUCAUCGUCGAGCCGCGCCACGUCGUCGGCCGCGUCGGCGUGCUCUCCGUCGUCCGGCUCCCCGGCGACUGCGGCGACGCGACGAGCAACGACAAGUCCCUCGCGCCGGCGCCGACCAUGCCCGCGCAGAUCGCCGAGGAGCCCGCCGUCGCCGAGGCCGCCGCGGAGCCCCGCGAGCCGCCGAGCGACGACGAGUCGCUGGAGCUCGGCCCCGUGACGUUCCGCACCUUCGAGCGCCUGAGCGCGCCGACGAAGCCCGCCGAGAAGGUCAGGCCCGCCGACGUGUCGGAACCGGCGGCGGACGACGACGACGACGAGGACCUCGGGCCCGUGACGUUCGGCUGCUUCUCGAAGAUCCACACGUCGGAGACGUUCCGCGCGAACAAGGCGUCGCAGGAGCGCAUCGCCGCGGAGCUCGUGGCGCAGCGGGACGCGCGCGCGAGGGCGGACGAGCUCGCGGCGCAUUUCGGCGACUGGGAGGACAGCGACGGCGACGGGGAGGACGCGGAGCCCGUGCGCUUCGAGCACUUCCGGCGGCUGUCCGCGCGGGCGCGCGCGUCCAUGGACGCCAAGGCCGCGGCGCUGGCCCGCGAGGCCGCGGAGGCCGAGGAGCGGCGGAAGCGCGACGCGGCGCUCGCCGCGCACUUCGGGGACUGGGAGGACUCGGACGACGAGUCGUCCCUCGCCGAGCCCGUGACCUUCGCGACGUUCCAGUCGCUGUCGACGCGGGAGCUGGUCGGCACGAGCGACGUGUCGAAGCCCGCGGCGGACGCGUGCCGCGUGUCGCUGCUGCUCGCGCGGCGCGCGGCGGACCGCGCCGACGAGGAGACCGCCGCGCGCGACGCGAGCCGGCGGCUCUCCGUGGCGGCGGCCGAGGCCGCGCGCGUCGCCGACUUCCUGCGCCUGAAGCAGGAGCGCGACGAGGACCUGGACCGCGUCGCGGCGAACGAGGCGGCCCUCGACGCGAAGCGCGCGCUCCGCGCGGCGCCGGCGGCGCCGCCGGACGCGCGGGGGUCCAUGGUCGCCCAGGCGCCGGCGAUCAACGACCUCGACGACGGCUGGCGGCGCUCCGACGCCGGCGACGACGACGACGGCGCGCCCUACGACGACGCGCGCGCGUCCAUGGUCACGCAGGGGCGGCGCAUGUCCGCCGCGGCCCUGGCGUCGCUCCAGCUCGCCGAGCGCUUCGCCAAGGAGGCCGCGGACGAGGAGGCGCGCGCGUCGAAGGUGCGCCGCGCGUCGCAGGCCGCGGAGCAGGCCGAGGCCCUGGCGCGGCUGCGGGCCGAGCGGGCCGCCGCGGCGGCGCGCGAGGCCGCGGCGGCGGCGGCGGCCGCGGACCCGACGAACCGCCGCAUCUCGCGCGCCGCGGCCGAGGCCGCGCGCGUCGCCGAGCUCGUCCACCGGCGCCGGGAGGAGGUCGAGAGCGCCAAGGCCGCGGCCGCCGAGGCCGCGCGCGUCUUCGAGAUGUUGGACCGGGCCGCGGAGGACGACGAGCGGCGGCGCGCCGAGGAGUCGCGGCGCGCCGCGGACGCGCUGUCGACGCGGCUCGGGUCGCCCGCGCCGAAGCCGCCGGGCAAGAAGAAGUCGCCGGCGACGGAGAAGAAGUCGCGCUGGGGCGGCCAGCCCGUCGAGGCCGCGGGCCCCGCCAAGUCGAAGCGGGUGUUGGCCGCGGAGAAGGGCAAGCGCGACCGCGAGCGCGCGCGCGAGCUGAAGCGCGUCGCGAUCGCGAAACGGAAGGCGGACCACCUCGCGGCCGCGAAGCGCCGCGAGGACAUGGCGCGGCGCGCGGAGCGGGACCGCCAGGCCGCCGCGGAGCUCGCGGCGAAGAAGAAGGCGGAGAUCGUCGAGAAGGAGCGCGCCAAGGCGGCCGCGGCGAAGAAGAAGGCGGACGACCAGCGCGCGGCGGCGCGCGCGGCGGCCGAGGCGGAGAGCGCGCGCGUCUUUUCCGCGGCCAUCGUCGCCAAGGCCUUCGCCGCCGCCGCCGCGGACCGCGUCACGCUGCUGGAGGCGUCGCCCGAGGCCGCGCUGGACCGCGAGCGGCGCCGGUGGCGCGAGGCGCGCGCGCACGCGGCCGACGGCGCGGUCGCGGCGGCCCACCGCGCGGCGCGGGCCGCCGCGGCCGCGCUCGAGGCCGUCGCCGCGCGGCGCGUGCCGCUGUUGGACGGCGACUUCGACCUCCUCGACGGGUUCCCGGGGGCGGGCGGCGCGGACGCGGCGCUGGCGGCGUUCGCCGAGGAUUUGGGCGGCCCGGCCAAGGACUACGUGCUCCCGUCGAUCACGAAGCACGGCGACCUCAUGGUCGUCGGCGCGCGGCACCGGCCGCCGCGGGGGUUUCGCGUGCGCUGCGACAAGGACGCGGCGCUGGUCUACGCGUAUUUGGACGCGGCGGCGCGCGACUACCCGCGGCCCGCGACGUACCGGCGGCCCAAGCCCAAGCCCGAGUGGGACGACAGCAUGGUGCCGACGCCCAUCGGCCGCUGGGACCCGGACCACGCGGGCGAGCUGAGCCCGAAGCGGUCGCCGCAGCGGCCGCCGCGCGCGCGGCCGAGCCGGUCCGCGACGCCGCGCGCCGCGAAGCAGGCGGCGGCGGCGGACCACGCCGCGGCGCCGGAGGAAUUGGACGCGCGGCCCAAGUCCGCGAACCCGCGGGCGGCGUCGCAGCAGCCCCGCGCGCCGUCGCCGCGGAAGCCGCGGUCCGCGGGCGCCGCGCGGCCGCCGCCGGGCGGCGUCGGGUCCCCGAAGAAGCACCGGCCGCCCUGGGACGGCCGCUUCGUCGUCGACGACGCCGCCGCGGCCAAGUACGGCGUCGCCCACUUCACGCCCGAGCGGCCGGCCCGCGGCGGCCCGGGCGCCGACUCGCCGCGCGUCCGCAACGUGCACACGGCCCCGGCCAAGGCCGGCGCGCACUCCGCGGACCUCCUCGAGUCGUUCCCCUUCGCCGCGCCGCGGCCGCACCCGAGCAUCCCGGCCGCGCCGCCCAUGCCCGCGCCCUACUACCCCCCGAACCGCGCCUGGAUGCGCGCGUACGCCUGCGCUGUCGCGGCGCUGCUCGCGUGCGCCGCGGCGGAGCGGCCGCAGACGGCCAAGGAGCGGUCGACGAAGGAGCGGACGAAGAGCAUCACCGACCGGGAAAAGGCCCGCCACGGCCUCUACACGCAGGACGUCCAGCGCCACACCGCGUCCCACGGCGCGGACCGGAAGCACGCGCACCAGGUCAAGUUCGACGGCAAGGGCAAGCGGAACAAGUUCCAGCGGAAAGACCGGAAGCUGCGCGAGGACAAGAAGAACGCGGCGCACGACAGAAAGGCGCGGAAGCACCAGCGCGACCGGCGCUACCGCCUCGACCUGUGA